GUUUUGUUCUGUGGUUUUUCCUCAAUGAAAAUAUUUAUUAUUCCAGUUCUAAUUUGACAAUUUAGAAAAAAAGUUGCAUUAUGAAUUCUGAUUGUGGACAACCGAAUUCAUUGGUACAAUUAUCAACACAUCUCUCCCAAGACAGAGCAUUUUCUGAUAGCCAUGGCCAAUUGCUCUCUAAUAGUUCAGCAGACCAAUUGGUCGAGCAAUUUUUACAAGAAACCAGGUCCUUGCCACAAACCUUUAGAAUGGAUGGUUUGAUGAGGGAAAUGCAAGAAAUAGAAUCACAAAAAUUAGCAUUGCCGCCUGUCCCUGCAUCUGCAGUGAAAGAGCAAAUUCAACAAGAUAAUGUAUGGGCUAAACAAUAUAUAGAUGAUGGAAAGACUUUCAAUCCCAAUUUUGAUCAUAGUGAAAUAUGGGCCGAAAUAUCAUCCCAAGAGAGAAAUAUUAUUGGCCCUCACUCAGAAUUGUUAAAAUUUGAUCAACAAUUUGAAUUGAACCAAAAUAGAAUAGAGGAGAGUGCCGAGGAAUUAUUAGGCAAUGUUGAUGAUCCAAAAUUCGUUUAUUCAAAGUUUAUGAGCUUUAUGCAAAAUGUCAAAGAAGAAGAUAUUAAUUUGGAGGCUUCCGGAAGAUUAACUGAGAGAGAAGCUGAGAUAUGGAGUCAUGAAUUCCUAAAGAAUGCAAAGGGCAGGACUAUGCCGGAAAUUUGGGCUGCUGAACUGACUGCAAAUGAAGAUGAUUACAAUUCAAAUGUGUGGGGAAGUAUACAAGAACAAAUAAGAAAUGUAGUAGAAACAGAUGGCGAUUUACAUGGAAGUUGGCUUUCAGAGUUACAAGAUGAAACCUACGAGCAUUAUAAUUUUACUGAAGAGAAUCCUAUGUUUGAUGUGAAUAAUCCUUUAGAAAGCGGUAAAAAACUUUUGGCAGAAGGUGAUUUACCUUCGGCUGUUCUAUGUUUUGAGGCAGCAGUGAAAAAAUCGCCUACGGAUGCUGAAGCCUGGUUUUAUUUAGGAAGAACACAAGCAGAAAACGAACAGGAUACAAAUGCUAUUCCAGCCUUGAAACAGUGUUUGAAACUUGAUUCUGGUCAUCUACCAGCUCUGAUGGCCCUGUCAGUGUCGUAUACAAAUGAAAAUUUGUAUAACCAAGCAUGCGAGACGCUGCUCUGUUGGCUGAAAAACAAUCCUAAAUAUACUGAUUUGGUACCACCUGAUUUCAUAUUAACUGGGCAAGUUUCAAGUAUAUUAGAUCCUAUGAAGAGUAAAAUGGUUCAAGAUAUCUUCAUAAAAGCUGCUCAGAGGCAUCCUGUCAAUAUUGAUUACGAAGUACAGUGUGCUCUGGGGGUGCUUUUUAACUUAUCAGGGGACUUUGAUAAAGCAGUUGAUUGCUUCAAGGCGGCUCUUGCUGUGAAACCGGAUGAUGCCCGACUCUGGAAUAGACUGGGUGCCACAUUAGCCAAUGGAUCGCGCUCUGAAGAAGCCGUGGAGGCAUACCAUAGAGCCCUCAGUCUCUCUCCCGGAUUUAUUAGAGCUAGAUAUAAUGUAGGAAUCACAUGUAUCAAUUUAAAUGCCUAUAAACAAGCUGCGGAACAUUUUUUGACCGCUUUGAACCAACAAGCUAGAGGUGAAGAUAUUACUAAUUCGGGUGGUAAAUCACAAAUGUCCGAUACUAUUUGGUCAACUCUGAAAAUGUGUGUGACUCUCAUGAAAAGGACAGAUCUUAAACCAGCUAUCGAAGCCAAAGACCUAGCUACAUUGAAUAAGGCCUUGGAUGUUAUGGAUGAACCCACAGUGUGAAUUGUGUUUGAAAUAAAAUUGAAAAUUAUGUAUACUUGUGAGGUAAAAGUCGAUAUUUCAUUUAAUGUUUCAAAUACUCAAGUUGAUCGCAAUAUGUCAUUCUGAAAAUCUGUAGAAUCUUUUCAUACUUGCUUUUAAAAAGGAGCAUAAUCAGUUAUGAACUUAAAUUUUACAAAACAUAAAAAAAUGUUCACAG